UUUCCAUAAUUCCGCAUGGAAGAAUCAUUCCAAGCUUCCAAACAUACGAAGGGAGCAAAUGACGACGAGAUCAGCGGCGUUCAUAAUUCUACGGUGUACGGGAAGCACAUGACAUUUAAGGUGACACGCUUACCGGGUCAAACAAUCCAGACUGGAGUCUGACAACAGCAAAGCCUCGCCUGGAAGCAGUCCAAACCAAAAUAUAAUGUAUAAAAAAUGAAGCAGCGUAAAUGUAGGUGGGCUGGCCUGGAACCAUUCAUUCGCAGCUGGGUUUUCAGCCGGACCCACGGUAGGAAAAGCGUGCGGAGCUCUUUCGACUGCCGGCCAGUGCCAUUUAUAUUUACAUUUCCAGAUCUGUAACUUAGUUGUUGUGGAUGAAGUGUUGAGUUUGGGAAGGGGAAGAUGAAGAAAUGAAAUCUUAGCAGUUUUUCUGUCUUUAAGGGUUUCAGAUUUAGCAGCGAGAGGGGGGAAAAAAAGCGAUGGCUAUGGUGGGAAUUGGGGAAAAGGCUGGUGUAGAAGCCCUACUGGCCAGGCCGAUACAAAUUGCAGACGAGGUCUGUGCACGGGCUGGAGAGGCGGAUUCAUUCAAGCAGGAAUGCAUGGACCUGAAAAAGCAGAUUCAGAAAUUGUCUGGUUUGUUGCGCCAGGCGGUUCGGGCCUCCAGUGGCGGAGGACUGUACGAGCGGCCCACCCGGCGGAUCAUACAAGAAAUCGAUAAAGUUCUGGAAAAAGCCCUGGUUUUGGUGACCAAGUGCCGGCGCAAGCGCCUCUUUGCCAUUACUUCUACUGCGGCUUUUAAGAAGAUCGGGCUUUUACUGGAUAGUUCGAUUGGGGAUGUGACCUGGCUUUUGAAUGUCUCAGCGAAUGAUGAAGAUGAUGAUAGGUCACAAAUAGGGCUACCUCCUAUUGCUACAAAUGAUCCGAUGUUAGGGUUAAUUUGGGAGCAGAUUGCUCGGCUCCACACGGGAAACCCGUCCGAUAAGGCCGACGCUGCGGCUUCGAUUCUUUCGCUCGCGAAGGACAAUCCGGACCGGAAUGCGAAGCUGAUUGUGGAGGAGGGCGGAAUCGCGCCGCUGCUGAAGCUCAUCAAUUAUAAGGAUACAUCUACCGCCGCCGCCGCCGCCGCCAGUAGCAGCUCCGGGUCUGUGACAGAGGCGGCGAUUCGGGAAGGGCAAGAGGCGGCCGCUAGGGCUUUGGGCUAUCUGGGGAGGGAUCCGGACCGGGUAAGGGAAAUGAUGGACGAGGGGGUUUGUUCUACGUUUGCGAAGGUUUUGAAGGAGGGUCAUAUGAGGUUGCAGAGCACGGUUGCCUGGGCUCUUUCUGAGAUGCUUUCUGAUGAGCCGCAGGCGGAUUGGCAAGAUCGGUUUGCGCAUAGUGGUGUGAUUCGAUCCCUGGUUGGGCAUUUGGCGUUUGAGAGCCUUCAAGAGGGUAGUAAAUAUCUUGUCACCGCUAAGCCCACUGUGACCAUCCAUUCUCUGGUUACGACCAGCCUGGCUUCGAAGGUUACAGAUGCUCAUACCCUAGCUCAUCUGCACAAGGACACUGCGGCAGCCCUAGGGCUGCCUUCAUUAUCCGGGAUUAAUUUAAAGGGCAGAGCAGCUGAAGAUCCUGCUAUUAAAGCUUCUCUCAAGGCUGAAGCCGCUAAGGCUCUGUGGAAACUCGCCAAGAACAAUAUAAAUACAUGCAAGGCCAUAACUGAGUCCAAGGCUUUGCUCUGCUUUGCAAUUAUGCUAGAGAAGGGGCAAGGGGAUUUGCAGUACAAUUCGGCCAUGGCCGUCAUGGAAAUUACAGCGGUCGCGGAGCAGAACAGCGAGCUGAGAAGAGUCGCUUUCAAGCCCAAUUCCCCUGCUGCUAAGGCAUUGGUGGAACAGAUGUUGAGAAUCAUUACACAAGAUGAUGAGGACUCAAAUCUCCUGAUGGCUUGUAUUAAGGCAAUUGGGUGCCUUGCUCGGACCUUCCCUGCUCGAGAAACCAGACUUAUUGCUCCCCUGGUGAAGCACUUAGAUCACAGAGAACCCUCUGUGUGCAGAGAAGCUGCAAUUGCUCUUACAAAAUUUGGGUGCAAAGAAAAUUAUCUGCAUAUGGAACGCUGUAAGUCAAUCAUAGAGGCCGGUGCAGCUCCAUUCUUGAUCCAGCUUGUUUAUUUUGGGGAUGCUGGUGUUUCAGGCUCUCAGAUUCCUGCACUCAUUCUGCUCUGCUACUUGGCUCUGCAUGUCGGAGAUAGUGAGGCUCUUGCCAAAGCAGAGGCCUUGUCUUCCCUUGAAUGGGCAUCUAAGCAGCCCCACCUGGUGCAAGAUCCUACACUAGACAAGCUUCUUCCAGAGGCUAAAGGCCGCCUAGAGCUCUACCAGUCAAGAGGAUUUCGAUUUCACUGAAAUAACAGCUGCUGCUGCUGCUUCUUCAUCUUUGUACAGUGUAAACAAAUCGAACCACUGGAGCCUUUCUUUCACCAUACGGUAUAUUGUAGAUUUCUACUUCUUUCGCCUGUUUUGUUGAAGACACAAAAUAUUUGCAGGCUUUCUUCUCCUUAAGUUUUCCCCAAUUGUAGGCUGGAUAGAUAGCUUGGCUGCUUGAUAGUAAUGACAAUUAAAAGUUUGGUCUUCUCUUGUGCGCAGAGAGAAUUGAGCUCCAAAAACAUACAAUUUGAAUGGUUGUUUUAUAAUUUGUUAUAAAUUUUUAUCACUGUAUGAUGUGUAGGAAGAAUUCUUUCAUUUCAAUUCAAUAAAUUUGAAGACCCAGAUUUUGUCA